UCGCGAAGGUCGGUCGGUUUGCCUGGUUUCUCCAUCGCUCAGCGGGAUCGUUGCUCUUGCUGCCGGAGAAAUCAGCUUGCUCGAAGAGGUACUUUCGCUCGGGGUGGAUUCGAAUUUCUCUCGUUCCUUCUGUCUUGUAUAUUUGUUCGGCUAGGGUUUCGAAUUUCGACUCCGUCGCUUCUGACGUUCGCUCUCCCUCUGCUCGAACGUUCCGUGGUCAGGGUGGGAAUCGGGAGACUCGGCUUAAGCUUCAAGCGUUAGGUUUCGGAAUCAUGGCUGCUCUGGCUGAUUCUUUCCUUGCAGACUUGGAUGAGUUAUCUGACAAUGAGGCUGAUCUGCAUGAAGAAGAGGAAAAUGAUGCUGGAAACAUGGAGGAAGAUGUUGAUGGGGAACUAGCUGACAUAGAGACCCUCAAUUAUGAGGAUCUUGAUAAUGUUUCCAAAUUACAGAAGUCACAAAGAUACAAGGACAUAAUGCAGAAAGUGGAAGAUGCUCUUCAAAAAGGUUCUGAUAUCUCAUAUCAUGGGAUGGUGUUGGAAGAUGAUCCGGAAUAUCAGCUCAUUGUGGACUGUAAUUCCCUCUCAGUUGAAAUUGAGAAUGAAAUAAUGAUUAUCCACAAUUUUAUUCGUGGCAAGUACCAUGUGAAAUUUCCAGAGCUUGAAUCGCUUGUGCAUCAUCCAAUAGAUUAUGCUAGGGUGGUUAAGAAAAUUGGAAAUGAGGUGGAUUUGACCCUUGUUGAUUUGGAAGGACUUUUACCUUCAGCCAUUAUCAUGGUUGUCUCAGUUACAGCAUCCACUACAAGUGGCAAGCCACUUCCAGAAGAGGACCUUAAUAAAACAAUUGAUGCAUGUGAUCGAGCUCUUGCUCUCGAUUCAGCGAAAAAGAAGGUUCUUGAUUUUGUAGAAAGUAGAAUGGGAUACAUUGCACCAAAUCUUUCUGCCAUUGUUGGGAGCGCGGUUGCUGCAAAACUGAUGGGCACUGCUGGUGGGCUCUCAGCCUUGGCUAAGAUGCCAGCUUGUAAUGUCCAGCUUCUUGGUGCAAAGAAAAAAACUUUAGCUGGUUUUUCAACUGCAACAUCGCAGUUUCGAGUAGGUUACAUUGAGCAAACAGAGGUAUUCCAGACUACUCCACCUUCUCUAAGGAUGCGUGCUUGCCGGCUUUUGGCUGCAAAGUCAACCCUCGCUGCACGUGUAGAUGCUACUAGAGGAGAUCCAUCAGGAAAUACAGGGAGGGCAUUUAGAGAGGAGAUUCGAAAGAAAAUUGAAAAAUGGCAGGAGCCGCCUCCUGCAAAGCAGCCAAAACCGCUUCCAGUUCCUGACUCUGAGCCCAAGAAAAAAAGAGGUGGUCGUCGGCUAAGGAAGAUGAAGGAGAGGUAUGCAAUAACGGAUAUGAGAAAACUGGCCAACAGAAUGCAGUUUGGUGUACCUGAAGAGAGUUCUUUAGGUGAUGGACUGGGGGAAGGCUAUGGAAUGCUUGGUCAGGCGGGGAGUGGAAAGCUGCGAGUAUCUAUGGGUCAGAGUAAACUUGCUGCAAAAGUUUCCAAAAAGUUCAAGGAAAAACAGUUUGGAAGCAGUGGUGCCACCUCUGGGCUUACAUCAAGUCUGGCAUUUACUCCUGUCCAGGGGAUCGAGCUUUCAAAUCCACAGGCUCAUGCAAACCAGCUUGGCAGUGGAACUCAAAGUACGUACUUCUCAGAGACGGGAACGUUUUCAAAGAUAAAGAGGACUUGAAAAUUACCUCUCUUUGUAUCUGAGUGGAGACUGAACUCAACUAUGGGGAGAGAGGACUGAAAUUUACACGAGCAGUUAACCACAAGCAUUUGUGUAUUGACAGACAUCCAACCUUCAUGUUUGUGAUCACCUAGUGUCCACAUCAGUUCAAGUUGCGUUUUCUGCUAAAUUGUGUUUUUUCCUCCAGUUUAGGUGAUGGAUCGGUGCAAUGCUUUAUGCCAUAUUAGUUCAUUAAGUUUUUU